AUGUCAUCAAGAGGUGUCGCCAAUCUCACUCCCGAUCAGUUGGCCAAAAAGCGGGCCAACGACCGUCAAGCGCAGCGUGCAAUUCGAGAAAGAACCAAGGGCCACAUAGAAGCUCUGGAGCAACAGGUCCGGGACCUGUCAUCACAGAAACCCUACCUUGAUCUUCAAGCAGCUCUAGGCGAGAAUGGGAGGAUUCGGUCGGAGAACGCGGAGCUCCGCCAAGGGCUUAAGGCAGCAAUGGACAUUCUCCAACCAUUGCUCGCUAGGCCAGAACUAUCAGAUGCACCUCCUUCUCUAGCUAUACCCAAAUCUAUUCCGCCUUCUUCCCAUACAUCCCCAGUGCCAGACACCGAUCGCCUCACCCCAAUUCCAGGCGAGAAAUCAUAUGCCGACUCCCUUGCCAGCCUUGAUACGCCUUCUCCGACUCAUUCUGCACCCACCCUCGGGAGUCGCCGCAACAGUACCAAUGGAGGUGCUCCGUCGGUCUCUCUCCGUGUCGCGUGGGACUCGCAGCGCCAUAAUAUCACACACGGCUUGAACCUCGGCUCCGAUGAGCGUCUAGGGUUUAAUUUCCUUAUCGAUGGCUCGCAUAGUGUUCCUAAAGUCGACCGGCUUCACGGCAGCAGCUCAGAAACCCUCCAAUAUUCUCAGCUAGAUCCUCCGGCACCAGUAUACCCACAUCCCUUGGCUACUGCCUCUGAACCUGGGCCACCUGCAUUUGCCGCUCCGAUACAAAACUUACCAGCGACAUGUCCUUUAGAUAACAUUCUUUUGGAAUUCCUUCAUAGCCGGCAACGCGAGGCGGCUCAAGGCAUCCCGAGACAAAAAUUAGCCGGGCCACCGUACCCGAGUGUCUCCUCGUUGCUGAACCCGGAGAGGAGUGUCUACUCCCAUCCAGCCUCAAAGGUUUUCACAGAUAUCCUGCGCACCUUUCCAGAUAUCUCAUCUCUGCCGGUGCAGGUUGCCGUGCUCUACGCCAUGUUCCUCCUCAUGCGUUGGCAGAUUUACCCUACGCAAGAGAACUAUGAGCGACUCCCAGAGUGGCUAACCCCGACCCCAACCCAAAUUCUCCAUCCACACCCUGCUUGGAUGGACUAUGUUCCCUGGCCGGCAAUGCGUGACAGGAUUAUUACAAAUUAUCAGAACUACCCGUUCGAGAAUUGGUUCAUUCCAUUUACAAGUGGGAUGAGGGUCAAUUGGCCGUAUGAGGACACGGACUGUUUGUUGUCAGCUGGUGACUCGGACGAGCUGGUAAUCAAUCCGGUCUUCGAGCGGCAUAUGAGGAAUUUGUCCAAUUGGUCAUUGGGGACUUGCUUUGCGGAGACUUAUCCCUCUUUGGCAGACACCGCACGAAUCAAGCCGACAACACAGACAACACAGCCCAACACCCCGUGCGGAGCAGACCCGCCAAGGGACUACACGACUACUUAA